AUGGGAUCGACGAUAAGGCGACUUUAAAGAGACAUAACCCUUGUUUCGUCGAGGAUAACAAAACUAAGCCAACCACCAAAGACAGUCCACAGAGGUUUAUUGGGUUAACAAUGGCUUCAAUUUCGGCCAUAGCAUCGCCACCAUGCCCAUGGCUCACUACCAAAACCUCAUCAGCUCCUUCUGCUUCUCUCAGUCUCCUCACCAGAAGAAGCUCUGUCUCCGUUAAUGUAACUGCCAGGAACCCCACUUCUCGCUCUCCCCUCCUACACUGCUCCUUUCUCUCUUCUUCUUCUCUCUCUCUUCCUUCUGCUUUUUCAGGUUUAUCUUUGGGGUUAGAUUUCACUUCUUACAUCACAGUAAGAAAGGAGAAAGGCCAUGGACUAGUGGUGAGGGCUGGGUCGGCUGCUCUUUGUCAAACUAAGAGGAAUAGGUCUCGAAAAUCCCUGGCUCGAACUCAUGGCUUCCGCAGAAGAAUGAGAACCACGAGUGGAAGAGCAUUGUUGAAGCGUCGACGAGCCAAGGGACGGUGGGUACUUUGCCCAAAGUCCAACCACAAUAGUGGAAAGCGUCCCUAAGUGCUCUUUCCAAUAGGUUUCUGUAAUAUUCAAUGUUGUUCACAGAAGGAUUAAUCUGAACUUAUCAGAUGGUUCUUUCGUUAAAUUCAGUGAAGUUUUAGUUAAUUAAUUUCAAUUUGCUAUGAUCAUCUCCUUUUGGCCA